AUGGAUAAACGUCAGGCUCGUCGACAGGACCCCAUCCAAAAAACUUCUCGUAGGCCGAGGAAUUCACCAACAAGUGAUAAUGACACGCUGAUAAUUGAACAGCAAAGUAACACUAUUCCUUCUGAAAGACAAAUAGUACGCACAAUCGAUGCCGGUCCUUUCAUGUUGCCGCCUGAACCUAUCGGUGUCUCAGAAUGGCAGUUAGGACUGGGCGUAGGGACUGGUGCCUUUACGAAUCAGCAGCUUACCCAAGCAAGUGGAACCGAGAGGCAACUAGUACGUUUGGUCGAUACAAGUGUCUACGAAUUUCAACCCGUUCAGGCGGCUAAUACUGUUUCUGAAUGGAAACUAGGGCGUUCUUCUGACACUGGCUCCUUUGGGAUGCAAUUUCCCAUACACCUGAGCGAAACUGUUGAUUCAAGGAGGCAUCUGCCACGUUUAAACCACGCUGGUGCUUAUGAAUUGCAGACUAUUCCAUUAAGUAAUAUCAACGCUCCCGAAUGGCAAUUAAGACAUCCUGUCGACGUCAGUACAUCCGGGUGGUCGCCUACCCAAACAACCGAUAAUGAGACUCCUAUUGAUCAUGCCGUCAUGCCACAAGUUCAACCGACUGCUCCCAUAAGGAAAAAGCCCGGACCAAAAAAGGGAUGGAAAAAGGUAGUCCAUCGAGAACAAAAUCAGACCGAAGAUGCAAUUAUAACCCCCAAUCAACCUUCCGAAAAUAAAAACUUUAAGAGAAAAGCUGUCGAUGAUGAAAUUAUCCAAGUUUCCACUGCAAACGAAACUCAGGUUUCUACAAUCAAUGGAGAUAAUCUGAUUAUAUUAAACGAAUCAUUUAACACUGAAACUGCAGGACCUCGUGCAAGAAAGAAAUCCCGAAAGGCGAUGGAACAAGAAUCUGCUCAAAAUCCUACUGCUAUUGAAAUUCCGAACUCAAUAAGUACUGGAAAUAAUCUGUCUAUACUGAACACUAACACAAAUAAGUCUCGUCGUGGGAGGAGGAAAGCUAAAAGAGAUGAGAUAAUUGAUCAAUCAUCUACUAUCAUCGCUACUAUAAAUUCCACCGCGACCAACACAGAAACACUGCCUUCGACCCUAGAUCAACUGCCUGGUGCUGAUGCUGCCAAACUGCGACGUGGAAGAAAGAAGACCGUAAAGUCCAAUGAUGGUGAAAUAACUCAAACUACGAUUAUAAAUGAAUUCCAGGCCCCUGAAAACAAGGAAGAUGAUCAAAUAAUUCCGAAUGAUCCGUCAAACAUUGAUGAAAAGAAACUAAAUAAAAGGAAAGGUAUCGAAGAGCAAAUACUGACUUUAAAUACUAAUGAUGAACAACCAUCCACGGUCAUUAAGAAGAUUAAACUGACAUCAGCACGUGAAAAAAAAACACCUGGAAGGAAAAAGGUCAAAAAGAAUGAUAUACCGACUCCUAAUGAUACCGCCAGUCAACCAUCAUCUGUCGGUGAUCUUCAUCCAGCGCCUGACUUGAAACAUGAAAUCACUCUCGAGUCUAAUGAAGUUACAUUUCCUAACCAUAAAAUCCCUGAUUAUCUCAUUGUAAACGAAGUUCAAACUUCUACGAAGAGCACGGACAUUCAAUCUCUUUUAAAUCCAUUGACAAAUGAUAUGAACCAUUCCCGCCGUGGGAGGAAACCCAGCGUAAAAAAGAAGGGUAUUGAAGACGAGUUGGCAACAACAUCAACACCUAAUGCUAAUGACGAGCAACCUUCCAUAGCAAAAAGGAUUAAAUUAUCAAUAACAAGUACGAAAAGGUCUCCGGGCAAAAAAAAAAUCAUAAGAAAUGACGUAACGACCUCAAAUGAAAAUGUCGGUCAGACGUCUAACACUACUGGGGGAAUUCAAACCGCAAAUUUUUAUCAAUUCACAUUUCCGUCCAAUGAAACGAACUUUUCUAAUCGUAGAGGCCCUGAAAGUAAUCUCGCUCUCUCGACCGUGGCUAUGACAAAUGGUGUUUCUGAAUAUAAUAUGACAAAAGCGGCAGAAGAGCUUCAUAAGUUCUUCUCAACAUUGUGUGCCCCAACUUCUGCAUUAUCAAGAGAACAAUUUUUAAGGCUUGGGACAUUUCUCUUCGAUCAAAUGUUAUCACAGGCAUUUGCACGUCCUUUUAUAAACCCAGAGUCAGAAUCAGCCGUAUACUACAGAUCCAAGAUUAAAGAUUUGAUGGACCUAACUACCGCUGAAACAAAGCUUUGGAGUAAGAAAUACUGUACGCCUAUAGAUUUGUACAAAGACAUUUGCCAGAUCAUGUAUAACGCCUUCAGCUUUCAUAAGGAGGGAGAUAUUAUAUAUGAGGAGGCGAAACAAAUGUCCACCUGCUUUCAACGGCUUGUGCUUAAACUAAUAUCUCAGGGAAAUACAUCCAGUGGAAUCGAAUCUGUCUUGCAAUCGAAUCAAGUCACACUGCCACAUGAAGAGUUCACUAACAUAUCAGAUUUCUCACCAAAUAGGAAUAGUCGCGUAUUUAUGAUACCCAUUUACACCCUUCAGGAGAAUAAUAAAACAGGACCACAUCGUAAGCUCGAAACACGGGUAGCUGACAGAUUGGAUCCCAUGUCACGCCCUUUUUGUGAAGCUUAUAAUGCAGAGAUAUUUCCUCCAAUGGAAUUGAAUCUGUCAGUGUCAGGUCGUAAUUUUGGUCGCCUAUAUAUUGUCAACGGUCGAGGUGCUCUCAGCGAAUGUCGUGACGACAAGAAUGCGAUGCUAGCAAUACUGAAGGACAUUGUAUAUAAUAAGAAUAACGAGUCCCUAAAAUGCAAUGCCAUCAUUGCCAAACCUUUUGGAAAGCUUAACGAACUCGACAGCAUUGGGUUCCCGGAGUUAACCGACGCAAGAGCAUGGAUUAAAUGCGCUUACUAUAAUCGAGUAACGAUUGACCUUCAAGUGUCCAGAAAAUUCUAUGAUAAAUACGUAAAGUGCUCAUUCGCUGUUCAUGAAUAUAAUCGAGAAUUACUGACCCCUGAACUCCACGAAAAAUUUCUGGAUGCCUUACACCAACAACGAGUCAAUUAUUUGCCUCAAGUGCCGCAGGAUUGUCAACCACAGGUUACCGACGUACAGGAGGUACCACCGAAUCCUCAACAAGACAAUAAUAUAUCCGAGGCGAUACUGGACUAUCAACAACAGGAGGAUGAUCUACCUGAAGAGAAAAGCCUUUGGGCAAAGCUCGAACGGGAGGCCAGAACGCGAGGUGUUCCCUGUGAAGAAUUUCAAUCCCUUGCUCAUAUCGAAGUCAAGGCUGAGGGUACUUUCAAAAAAGUUGCCCACGUCGCGGGAAACCCAACAUUUGUGGUUCAACAAUUUAAAGAAAUCAAUGAUAACACCUUAGAAGUUAGAGUCCGCGAGGCGGUCUGCUGCCUAAAAACAAAGGGAACAGAGAACACUGGGCAAAUACUCUCGCUUUAUAAGGGACCUGGUGACGAGUUGGUAGGACUGUCGAUGAUGAGGUACCAGCAGACCCUGAAGGAGUAUGCCUUUGACUCUAGGCGUCAUCUGACAGGAGAGCAGAAAUAUGAACUCAUCCUCGGCAUGAUCCGAGGCAUCUGCUCCCUCCAUCAAGUCGGAUUCGCACACCGUGAUCUGUCCGAGGUCAACAUGAUGGUGUCGGAAAAGACCGAGAAACGCCUCGAGGACGGAAGUGUGAUGCCCGAGUUAGUUAUUAUUGAUUUUGGGAAGGCCGAGUUUACAAGACCCGCCGAUGUAUUGAAGUGGUCCGUCGGUGAGGUCGACAGAGAGAAGCUCGGCCUUCUACCCAGGAUCAAGACGGUGCCCGAUCAUGGGUACAAAUUAUACCGGUCGAUUAUGACACUGCCCCGCAACAGAAACGAUAAAGAACCCUUGCCUACCCCGAUUGAUCCAUGUGCCGAGGACAUUUAUGCAGUUGGCGUACUCGCAUGGAGAACUUUUUCUGGACUGGCACCUUGGGACGGAGUUCUUGAUACACAUCUCAAGAGGCUUCGUGAAAUUGUUGAAAAUCCCGUUGAAAUCAGGCGCUGUAUCGAGAAAGUGCGAGGAGAGAGAUCAAAGGAACUAUUAUACAAAUGUAUUACCCGUCAUUCACAGGAUAGGGUCACUGCAAAACAACUUCACGAUUGGUACACCCAACCGCAAGUGAAGGCGGAUUUGAUAAUGGAGUGGAGUGUAGCUGGGCGUAUCAGGAGGGAG